AUGGCAAAAAGGGGUUAUGUUAUCUUUCUGCCUGUGGUUUUCGCGACAAGUGGCUUCUAUUGGAGUGUUCACGUGAAUGUAUUGAUGGAUCCACUGACUUCGUACACUGUGCCCUCGCCGUACGAUCAGCAGCUUCCGUCGACAUCGUCGGCCAGUUGCAGCGUAGCUCGACCAAAUACUCCGCAGACUUCGUAUGGACGAUCCGCCUUUAAUUCUACUCACGCUUCUCCUUUUCGCCCAGCUAACGCAGCAGAUGCGGUGCGUCUGCGUGAAACAUGCGCGACACGAAAUGCACAAACAGCGCAGUGGAUGGACAGUCAAUACUUGUCGGGUGUCUCAGGUUAUCACAUGAGCGGGUCCAGUCCGUGCUCGAUGAUGUCGUUGGCAAGUGGCGGAAUGUCGGUGGUAUCCGGCGUGUCGCAGAUAUCUCUGGGCAACAUGAGUCAGCUCAGCAUUUGCACUCAGCUCACCGAAGCUCCCUACCUUCAGGUUCCUCACUACCAACCAACAUCCGGAGCAUCGAGUGUUGAGAAUAUUGACCCUAGCAACAUCUAUGAGAUAAACAGACAAGUGAACACCUUGAUAGUCAGCUUGAAACACGAUGAUCCAGAGAUACGGCGGAAGGCUGCGAACUCAGUUCAAGGCAUGGCGCGACAACGAUUGCUAGCUAUGGUGACUAACCAGGCAACUUUGAGAGAGCUCAUUUGCUACUUUCUCCAGUUUGUUCUGGAACACACUAUAGAACAGAAUAUCACACAAUUGAUGCAGUCGAUUUUCAACAUCCUUAACUGCCGCAUAUGUUUCGUAGUGAUCCAAGAUCGGUACAUACAGCAGAUUCUAGUUCACAUCAUAGCCAAAUAUUUAAUCCCCGACCACCCAUUCACCGCCUGGUCUGUUAUCGCCUUCACUGCCAUUCUACGGAAGAAGGAUUUGCGGGCUUUCCGGCGGAUGUGUCGAAACGAUUACUUUGUGCGCCAGUUGAUGAUAAUACUCGCCUCUACCUCGUCCUCACAUAAGUCCUUGAUUAUUGACUCGAUUCGUAUGCUCAUCACCCGAAAUUUGCCGCUCAAGGACUUCUUCGUGCGUAGUAAAGGCAUGGAGAAGUUGCUUGAGUUUAUGACAUGCGAGCAUGAGGAGAAGGUUCUGCGGUCGAGCGCCACAACAUUGCUCACGCUAAUCUCGACGGAGUCGGCUAAAUAUGGAAUAGAAUUUGUGCGUUUGGAGGGAGUGCAAAUUUUUGGAAAUCUGCUUUCGCAUGGAUCGACAAUGCUUCUGCAUGAAAUUUUACACUGUUUAGCUGCUGUCGGAGAUUUGAGGGAAGCUCUCGAAACUCAGGACAUCACUAACACCAUGAUUUCUGUUCUACAGCUUAUGGGUGCUCACGAUCCUAUUUUAGUCAACCAUGGUACUGCUUUCUUAUUGAACGCGUCGGCAAACAAUGCGCGGAAUAAGGCACUGAUGGUGGCCGAACGCGCUCCGGACACAUUGCUCAGUGUGCUUAAUCACCGUAACAACUACCUCACUAUUCCAAUUCCAAAUGUUCGUCAACUGAUCACGUCGAUCACGGAUAACGUCCUCAUUUGUCUAGCUAACCUCACACGGAACCAAGAUGAGUGUGGAAGGAACGCGUGCAUACAGAUUGCUAGAAAAGCAGAUUCGGCUAAGACACUGCUCAACGUUUUAGCGAGCGGAAGCGUAGAAUGCCAAAAUCGGGCACUGAUGGUUAUUUUCAAUGCAAACCUGUGUACACCCGAGUACAAGUUGUUCUUCCUGGACACUGUGGAUGACUAUAACCAGUCCAAUUUGGUCACUUUCAUUCUUCGUCUCCUGUGGAAUAACUUCGGCCAAUUUAACAACUAUCCGGAGAUUGAAAGAGCUCACCGCCGCAAGCAAAUAGACCGGGUCCUACGACUUUUGGUGCUGCUGUCGAAAAGCGAAGACCUGCUCGAGCAGAUUGCUGCAAUAUUCAGGGAUCACAAUCCUCUACCACUAUUGCGACCAUUUCGCACUAAUGACUUCUCUGCGCACCACGACUUACUGGAAUUUUUAGACGCGUUGAGUAGCGUUCCAAAGAGGUUUGGUUUAGUACACAAAUGGCUAUCUAAUCCGGAAUCACAUCAAAUCCUUCACUACUAUUGUCAGUUCCAAAUGGAUCCUAAGCUCAUGAGCCACGCCAGGAAUAUUAUGAGUCGACUUCAUCAGGGAAAAGUGGAGGAUAUGCAGACGUGA